UAAAUGAAUGAAUAUUUUUUAUAGGGCGGUGACACCUGUUAAAAUUUUAUUUACCUUUUGUCUUUUGAUUUUUAUUUUCCUAAAACAGCAUAGAAAUGGCUCGUUACUUUAAAGAACAAGACAUUGAUGAAUUCAGGGAGUGUUUCUACCUGUUUGCAAGAUCAAAGUCAGGACAAAUAACUUCCUUGGAUGAGUUGACGGUGAUUAUGAGAUCUUUGGGAUUGUCCCCAACAAUUCAAGAGCUUACGGGGUAUCUCAAGAAGAAGAAUGGCAAGAUGAGCUUUGCAGACUUCUUGGAGAUUAUGCAUCAGCAUUCAACGGUGGAGAAUCUCCCAAAUGAGGUGAUUGAUGCCUUCAAGGCAGCUGAUCCCGAAGGGAAGGGGACCAUAUCAGCGAAGCAGCUCAGGCACCUCCUUCAAAACUGGGGAGAGGGCUUAUCAGUGAGAGAGGUGGAUAACAUUUUCCGGGAAGCGAAUGUCUCCAACAAUGGAAUGGUGCGCUAUGCGGAUUUUGUGAAAAUUGCAUGUGCUCCCGUUCCGGAUUAUUACUAAAUAACAUUUAAAUUAUAUCAGGAAUGUAUUUUAUUUUAAUAUAUUUUGAAGAGAAUUAAAACCUUUUGAAGACAAA